AUGAAGGUGAAGAGCAAGGUCAUGGAAACUCUAGGUUCAAUCAAGGACCAAGUGGCAAUUGGUAGAGCUUCAAUCACAAGCCGAAACAUCCUCUCUAGCAUAGAGACCGCCGUCCUCCGAUCCACAGACUCGUCAGAUUCACCCCUCGAUGACAAGUACACCAGUGAAAUCCUCUUCCUGAUCUCCAACGCGCCAGGUUCCAUCACUUAUCUUGCAAGAAGAAUUUCUACCAGGCUCGAGUCGAACAGAGACCCGUUGGUAGCUCUCAAGACCCUCUUGCUCCUGCAUCGCCUCCUUCGUGGGGGUGAUCGAUACUUCGAGCAGGACCUUCGCAAUCUUUGGUCAUCGGGUGACCUGAGGGUUGAGCUAAGAUGGCCAUCGAGCAACCUUGAUCCUUUCUCCAGAUUUACGCUGAGCUAUUCGCGGUUUCUUGAAGAGAGGAUGGGGUGGCUAAUAAACCAAGCGGGGAAGCUAGAGCCUAUUAGGCCGUUAUCAUGCUCUACAGUUUCUUCUUAUGAAGAGAAAGCAAUAGAGUCAGUCUUAUCUAAACUGUCAAAGUGCCAAGAACUUCUUCAUAGGAUUGUAAACUGUUUGCCAGCGAUCAAAUCGAGAUCAAGCCACGCCGUGCAAGCGGUAAUGAAUGUGGUUUUAAGGGAGAGUUUUCGAGUUUAUGAAAGUUUUUGUGAGGGCCUUGAGGUUGUAUUCAGUUCUUUUCUUGAUCUCAAGAAGCACACAAGGGCGUUAGCUCUUGAUAUCCUUAAAAAGGCUUGUGACCAGACCUCGACCCUCUAUCAGUUCUAUGAGAGUUGCAAGAAACGUGUUGUGAGCAAAAGCUUGGAUUACCCUUCGGUUCGAAUUGUUAAACCCGAUGAGAUUUCAUCAAUGGAGGAGCUUGAAACUAAGGAGUUGGGUAUAGCAACAAGUAAAGAGAGAGAAAGUAAGAAGAAAGAGACUGAAGCUCAAAUAAGUUAUGAAUCUUCGACGAAUCUCUUUUCUCAAGGAUUGGAGACGAAGAUAAGUACAGUUUGGGUGGAGUUCGACGAUGAAGAUGAUUCACAGAGGUCUAGCUUCUCCUUCGAUGAUCUGAUCGCAGGCGAAGGUGAGAGUUCGAAGAAGACACUUAAAUCUAUGGAGCUGUUGUGGCCAUAGAGGUCUAAUGAGCUAUUUUGCUUGUUUUUUUUGUUUGUGUUUUCAGGUAGCGUAUGUUA